AGCCGCCCCCGGAAAUGAGUAUAACGUAUUUUCUUUUUCUAUUACUAUUUCGUUCCUCGAACAGCAAUCAUAUUAAACAACAAACAGCGAACUAUAAUACAAAGCUUUCACUUAAAAAUUUUGCAUGUCCAUAGACCAUAUGUGCAAGUUUUUAAAGAGAGAGAAACUUAUGAAGAAAAUGAGAGAUAAUAAAACAACUAGGAUUACGCAACACUGCAAGAAGAGGGAGGAGGUCGCAUCUGUUGGAAACACGAUUACGAGAAAAAUUAGGUUGACACUAAUUGAAGCCACCUGUCAUUCAUGAAUUUGCAUUUAAUCCAUGCAUAAACGGCGCAUUGAUUUCUGUAAUUUACACGGCGGAUGCCGAUCGAAUAAGCACUGUAUUUCCUGGUCUUGUGGUUUUCAUUCCUGUUCGAAACCAAAUAUUUGCAGAGAUAUCGAUAAAUAUGUUCUUGGCAAUUAGUGGUUAUUAUGAAGACAGUCUGCAGUUGGAGUGUACUUAGUUGAAUGGAUUUUAUUAUAAAGCUUGUAUCUUAAGUAGAAGACUUUGUUGCAUCAUCACAUUAACAUAUUAUAAUAGAAUGCUUUACCGCAUUGUGCGGGUAUUGUAUUCCACCAAUAUCCCGCACUGUUUGAAACCGGACAAAUCAAGGACCGUACUAUAGUCCUGCGGUCGCCAAUCUUUGGUUCGCGAGAGAAUUUUGGUAACUUGACUAUAUUUGCAAUUUUUGCCAAUUUUUUUACAUGGAGUGUAAAAAUAAAUUAUCAUUUCAUAUUUAGUAUAUUAGUUUUAUGAAAUAAAUCAUGGUGGUUCGCAGGAUUCGAUAUUUUGAGCUGACGACCACUGAUAUAGUGAAACCGCACUGAUCGACGCCGUACUAUGCGAGGAUCUCUUCCGAAGCAGAAAUAUCGAAAAUAAAUAGCGGGUGAAAGUUAAGUAUGUGCGCGGCACACGCACUGGCAAUAGGGUGGGAAAGAUCAGUAUAAAAACCCCAACAGGCCGAUCGGAAGACAUCACACAUACAACAGCUUCAGCUCUACCAAUAACGUGAACAACAAAAAUUACAAACAUGAGCCAAUACUUAGUUGUCGUUUGUUUGAUCGCCUUGGCUGUUUAUGCCAAUGCUGGUAUUAUCCAUGGAGGAUACGAAGGUGGAUACGAGAGCCAAGGGUUGGACAGUGGUUACGGAGGUGGAGACUCCGGGCACGGACAUGAAGAUUAUCAUGACCAUCCUAAAUACAAAUUCAAUUAUGCCGUCCACGACCCGCAUACCGGAGAUGAGAAGCAACACCACGAAGAGCGUGAUGGCGACCAGGUCAAGGGAACAUAUACCCUGAAGGAAGCUGAUGGUACCACAAGAGUGGUUGAAUAUAAGGCUGAUAAGCAUAACGGAUUCAACGCCGUUGUUCAUAAAUUGGGACAUCCAACUCACGGAGGACAAGGAUCCGGUCAUUAUGGCGGUCACUACUAAGCCUAUAAAUGCAAUUUUACAUGAUUACUAAAACCAAAAUUCCAGACUGGUGAAUAUUGUGAAUAUCCGGUUUAGAAUUUCUGAAAAAUGCACCUGUAAAUAAGAAUUUGCGCCCUUUGUUUUGUAAAUAUUUGUUUUGUUAAUUCGAUUUGUAGCACUUAAUAAACAGUUUUAUAUGGAUCAA